UCCAAUUCCAAGACUUCAAAAACAUGAGAAAAGUUAACUAGCAAAUAUCAACUAAAACUACAUACAUUAAAAAAGGUUAUUAAUAACUAUUAAUUAUUAUAUCAAAAUUAGAGAUAUAAAAUGGAUUUCGGCGACGAAGAUUUGUUCGCCGUUUUUGACAGUGAAAGUAGUAAAACCCAGCGCAGCGGUAUCGCCGACCGGUCGGUUCAUGAUGAGGAGGAAACAGAGGAACCGUCGGAGAAACCGAUCAGGUUCGACGCCGGAACCAUGCAGGUUGAGAUCACAGGGGGGAAAAGAACCAAGUCUGAGGAGGGGGUGGAGUCCGUAAAGAAAAUAAAGAAAGACGAAAGAACAAUCAUGACGGGAUUGACAGAUAUGGAUGUGGAUCAGAAUAUAGAGGAAAAUACAGAUAAUCAGUUAUCGAACGAGGAUGACAGCGAGGCUUUGAGCCUGGUAGAAUCCGCCCCGAGAAUAAGUAUUCACACCUUGGACACGCCUUCCGCCUGCACCCACGAGGUUGCUGUCCCACCCCAAUGUAAUUUCACAGGAUUGGCUGACCAUGGUCGGGAGCCGGCUAAAACUUAUCCAUUUACACUUGAUCCCUUCCAGUCUCAAUCCAUCCUGUGUAUAGAAAAUGAUCAAUCUGUUCUUGUUUCCGCUCACACCUCGGCGGGUAAAACCGUCGUGGCGGAAUACGCCAUUGCAUUGUCGUUGAAGAACAAGCAGAGAGUUAUUUAUACAACGCCGAUUAAGGCGUUGAGUAAUCAGAAGUAUCGAGAGUUUAAUGAAGAGUUUUCCGAUGUUGGAUUAAUGACUGGAGAUGUGACGAUAAAUCCUAGCGCUUCGUGCCUCAUCAUGACUACAGAGAUUCUCAGGUCCAUGUUGUACAGAGGAAGUGAGAUUAUGAGAGAGGUGGGUUGGGUCAUCUUCGACGAAAUUCACUACAUGAGGGACAAGGAGAGAGGGGUGGUGUGGGAGGAGACGAUAAUUCUUCUGCCAGAUAACGUUCACUAUGUGUUCCUCUCCGCCACCAUUCCGAAUGCGCGACAGUUUGCCGAGUGGAUUGCGCAUUUACAUCAUCAGCCGUGUCACGUGGUAUACACAGAUUUCAGACCAACUCCCCUUCAACACUACGUAUUUCCGGCCGGCGGCGAUGGAAUCCACCUUGUUGUCGACGAGAAAGGUCAAUUUAGGGAGGACAACUUUACCACCGCCAUGUCUGUCCUCCAGAACGGAGGAGACGCGGCGAAGGGCGAUCAGAAAGGACGAAAAGGCGGAAUGAAGGAUGGAUCCAAUGCUUUCAAAAUCGUUAAAAUGAUCAUGGAGCGUAAUUUCGCCCCUGUGAUUGUGUUUUCCUUCAGUAAGAAGGAGUGCGAGGCCUACGCUCUCCAGAUGGCGAAGUUGGACUUCAACACGAACGAGGAGAAGAAGCUGGUGGACGAGGUCUUCAACAAUGCCAUGAUGGUUCUAUCUCCUGAGGACAGAUUACUCCCGCAAGUUGAGAACGUUCUCCCGCUUCUCAAACGCGGGAUCGGAAUCCAUCAUGGCGGACUUCUCCCGAUCCUUAAGGAAACCAUCGAGAUCCUCUUCGGCGAAGGAUUGAUCAAGGCUCUGUUUGCCACGGAAACAUUCGCCAUGGGAUUGAACAUGCCGGCACGAACCGUUCUGUUCACCGGAGCGCAGAAGUUUGACGGGAAAGAUUUCCGGUUUGUAUCUUCAGGAGAGUAUAUCCAGAUGUCUGGAAGAGCAGGGAGAAGAGGUUUGGAUGACAAGGGUAUUGUUAUUCUCAUGGUUGAUGAGAAGAUACCUCCGGCGACUGGUAGAGAGAUACUCAAAGGUGCCCCAGAUCCGAUCAACUCCGCCUUCCACCUGACCUACAACAUGGUUCUGAACCUACUGAGGGUGGAGGAGGUGAACCCGGAGUAUAUGAUGGAGAGAAGCUUUCAUCAAUUCCAAAACUAUUCAACUAUUCCACAGGUUUAUGAGAAGGUGAAGAAGCUUGAAGGGCAGGUGGCUGGUUUGAGCGUGGAGAAGGAGGAGGAGGUGGCCAGCUACGUCAGGCUCCGGGAUCAGCUGACAAAGCUUGGGGAGGAGUUCCACGGAUUUCUUACAGAUCCUCAGUAUAUCGUCCGGUUCAUGAACGCGGGUCGUCUGAUCAAGGUGAAGAAUCAGGAUCAGGACUUUGGUUGGGGUGCAGUGUGCCACCUCGAGAAGAUCAAAUCCACGACCACCAGCGAGGAGCAGCUGAUGGCGAAGGUUCUCCUCCAUGUGAGCAAGGAUAGUGCCAACACCAAGGUUGCGUCCGAGCUCCGUGCCGUGAAACCUGGAGAGAAAGGAGAGAUGACUAUGGUUACAAUUCUCUUCUCUUUAAUCCAACAAAUCUCAAGUGCAAGAAUAUAUAUCCCGGACGAUCUGAAAUCUCUGGACAAACGAAUGGCGGUUUUGAACGCGAUCAAGGAGGUUCAGAGACGAUGCGAGAACAAGAUUCCCCUGGUAGACCCGGAGAAGGAUAUGAAGAUAAAUUCUCCAGAGUUCAAGAACGUUGUCAAGAAAAUUAAAACCUUUGAGAAAAGAUUACAGAAACACUCUCUGAAUGAACAUCCUGAUCUUGCAAACCUUAUGGAGCAGUGGAAAACCAAGAAUGCCGUCACAUCGGAGUUAAUCGCGGCCAAACAUCAUCUCAAGAAAUCUAAAUCCUUGUUACAGAUGGACGAUUUGAAGUGCAUGAAGAGGGUGCUACGUCGACUGAACUACUGCAGCGCCAGCGACGUGAUAGAGAUCAAGGGACGGAUAGCGUGUGAGUUGAGUUCGGCUGACGAGCUUCUACUCACAGAGAUGAUGUUUAACGGACUUUUCAACCCGUUGAACCCGCCUCAGGUCGCGGCCAUCCUCAGUUGUUUUGUGUGCUCGGAGAAGUCGAGUGAGAUGCCGAAACUAACAGAUUCUCUCUCCGGUCCUCUGAGAACUAUGCAGGAUAUGGCCAGAAAUAUUGCAAAGGUGUCCAAGGAGGCAAAGAUNGAGCUAGAGGAGGAUGAGUAUGUUGAGAGGUUUAAACCCUUUAUGAUGGAUAUUGUCCACGAAUGGACCAAGGGCGCCUCCUUCAAGGAUAUUAUCAAGAUGACAGAUAUGUUUGAGGGAAGUAUUAUCCGAUCUAUGAGACUGCUAGAGGAAUUACUCCGUCAGAUGGUUCAAGCCUCAAAGAAUAUCGGGAACACGGAGUUAGAGAAUAAGUUCUCCGAGUCGAUCAAACUUCUCAAACGAGAUAUCGUCUUUGCCGCCAGUCUUUAUCUGUGAUAUGUUUUUUUCUUUCUCAACAAUAAAAUUUGUAAAUUGUU